UUUCCAGGAACUUCAACCUCGAUCAUCUUAUUCUCUCCCCUAGAAUUCAAGCACGCAAGACCAUAUCGAAAGCAUGAGUCGAUCACCAAAAACCUAUCCAAGUUUCAACUAUAAGCUUCUUCUCCUCGGAGUUUUCCUGGCUUUCGUUGUCCUCUUUGUCUUGAGAUCAAGCUUCUCAUCAUCUGAUUCCAAUCAAAAUUCAUCUACCAUCUCACCAAAGGUACCUUUCCUCAAUCCUUCGGCUAAAGAUUUAAGUAGCACUUCUACAGACUGCUCACCAAGUACUAAUAUUCCUUGCAACAAGAUCCCAUCCUCUCUAGUUCAAACCAUAAUCCACUACACAACCUCAACCAUCACCCCACAACAAACCCUCAAGGAAAUCUCAGUGACAGCAAAGAUUCUAGACCAGAAAUCACCAUGCAACUUCCUUGUCUUUGGCCUUGGCCACGACAGCCUUAUGUGGAGUGCACUCAACCAUGGGGGUAGGACAAUUUUCCUGGAAGAAGACGAGUCCUGGAUCGAGCAAAUCCGACGCCGCUUCCCCACAUUGGAAUCAUACCAUGUCACAUAUAACAGCAAGGUGAAUGAGGCUGAUAAUCUCAUGGAUGUUGGGAAGGGGCCUGAGUGCACUGCAGUUGGUAGUGAUAUUAAGUACAGCAUGUGCCAAUUGGCUUUGAAGGGUCUACCGAGUGAAGUUUAUGACAUCAAAUGGGAUUUGAUAAUGGUGGAUGCACCCACCGGGUAUCAUGAUGAAGCACCGGGAAGAAUGAGUGCCAUAUACACAGCUGGAAUGAUAGCCCGAAAUAAAGAGGAAGGGGAGACUACUCAUGUGUUUGUUCAUGAUGUGAACAGAGUUGUGGAAGACAAGUUCUCUAUGUCAUUCCUUUGUAAAGGUUACAUGCAAAAACAGGAAGGGAGGUUGAGGCACUUCACUAUUCCUAGUCACAGGGAUGGUUCUAGUAGGCCAUUUUGCCCUGAAUGAUCGGCAUUUUGUUGUUUUAUUUCGUCAAUUUCUUUUGGAGACGAAUUGUUUCAAGGUUUAUUUCAAUGCUACUGGCUUCCGUGUGUAAGAUGAUGGUGCUACCUACAAGGCUACGAUGCGCGCAACAACAGUUUUGAUAAAAUUGUAAUAGAGAUUGACUCUCUGUAAAUGCUUUUCCACAUGCAUCCAUUGUACUAGUCCUUGCCAAGUAGGAAUAGAUAUCUACAUAUGGCAGUUUGAUGUCCAUUCUUACCCGAUGAGUAUUUUAGUUUUUUUCUUCCUUUGGUUAUUUUCGGUUUGUUCUUGUGUUUCUGUCAAAGAUCAAAAUUGAAAAUCUUGUUUAAGAUGAUA